AUGCUGGGAAUAGUCCCCGCAUCCGCGACAGACUUGCACUCCGCACUUCUUUCAUCGACUCUUUACGCUCCCUUUGCCUACGUCAGUCGCGUGGACACUGGAGAGCUUCUAAACAGAUUCGACCAGGACCUCGUGUUUGUCGACGGAUUUCUUCCAAUCAACAUGUUCAACACCUGCGCUGAACUCUUUUCUUCCGUGUUCCAGAUAAUUCUCAUCGCCAUCGUUUCAAAAGAAGCAUUUGCCGUGCUGCCUGCACUAGCUAUCACGCUCUACCUGAUUCAACGAGUAUACCUGCGCACAAAGCAGCUGCGCCACAUGGACUUGGAGUGGAAGGGUGCCCUGCAUACCAAGUUUGGCGAGACUUGUUCCGGCCUGGUGACGAUACGCGCCAACGGCUGGGCCGAGGACAUGCGGCUCAAGUUCAGAGAGAAGCUCGAUCGCUCCCAAGAGCCAUUUUAUCUGCUCUACAUGGUUCAGAGGUGGCUGCAGCUAGUCCUCGGACUCGUUGUUGCCGGGCUUGCCAUCACCACCGCCGGCGUGGCAGUUUCGCUGAGAGACAAAGUCGUCGCCGGGGCCUGGCGGUUGGCGUGGCAUUUCUCAACGUCACGACACUGGGUUCUUCGAGCAAUCGCUCGGAUCGCCCUAUUUGAACGUGAUACUCCCAACGAACGUCGGGGCAAAUACAUCGCUGCCGCCGGUGUGGCCUCAACAUGGCCCGAACGAGGGCAUGUGCGGUUCGAAAACGUCCACACCAGCUAUGAGACGGGGUCAGAGCUAUCAGACUUGGAUUGGACAUUGCGCGGAGUAACAUUCGACAUCUUACCGGGCCGGAGGGUUGCUGUGUGCGGGCGCACUGGCUCCGGAAAGUCUACUCUACUUCAAGCACUCCUGGGACUGUUGAAAGUGCCCAAGGGGCGCAUCGUUGUGGAUGGCGUAGAUGCCUCCACCGUAGAGGCGUGCACUCUCAGACAACGGUUGACCACUAUAUCACAGGACUCCUUUGUCGACUCGUCGACGUUUCGCGAGGAGCUCGAUCCUGACGAACAACACUCCGACGAUACGCUGAUUGCGAGUCUGAUUGAGCCCAAUGUGUGGGAUAAGAUCAGCGCGUGUGGCGGCCUUGAUGGAAAGAGAAUCGAAGCCAACUUGUCCAGUAGCGAAGGGCAGCUGGUGUCCAUUGCCAGGCUGAUAGCCAGUGCCUCCAACGCGGCUGGCAGCGUCGUGAUACUUGAUGAGGCCACAAUCUGGAUUAUGAGUCCGCAAUUUAGGCAGAAAAAUGGUUUCAACAAGGUUGCAGGGAAAGACCAUCAUAUCGGUGCUGCAUCGGCCAGAGCUGGCGGUAGAAUACGACGAGAUCGUGGUGUUAGACAAGGGAACGUUGGUAGAUAUCGGCGGCGCCGCGGAUGUCAUAGAUAG